GACGAGAAGAACCAAUUGCUUAUAACAAAUAUUUGGCUCAAAUUGGAGUGGAACGACAUGAACUUGCGUUGGAACUCAAGCGAAUAUGGUGGCGUGAGAGAUCUCCGAAUUCCUCCACACAGACUGUAGAAGCCCGAUGUGCUCAUGUACAACAG